AUGUAAAUUCCAAGCAAAAUGGAUUUGUUUUGAGUAAACAAGUUGGUUCAUAGCCCAAAAACUAAUAAAUUUCUUUUUUGUUUAAAAUCGGUUUGGGCUCGGGUGACGAAACCAUUGAUGUGUCUGCAACUAAUAGAAGGUGAAAAAAGCUCAUUUUUCAUUUGUCUACCUCUUCUUCAUGGAUCCGAUCCAACCUCCUAAAGAAAACUAUGCAAACCCAAAGACAUGCUUCUUCCACGUGCUUUUUAAGGCUGCAGCUUUGGCUUUUUACAUACUCUCUGCACUUUUUGUUGACAGCUUUGUGAUUAUUUUCGUUAUCACUGUACUUCUUGCUGCUCUUGAUUUUUGGGUUGUUAAGAAUGUAAGUGGUCGUAUUUUGGUUGGCUUGAGGUGGUGGAAUGAAAUUAAUGAUUUGGGUGAAAGUGUAUGGAAGUUUGAAUCUCUCGAUCAAGAGUCAUUGGCACGCAUGAACAAGAAGGACUCAUGGCUGUUUUGGUGGAGCCUUUAUCUUACAGCUGUUGCUUGGAUCAUUCUUGGAAUCUUUUCUCUGAUACGGUUUCAAGCUGAUUUUCUCCUUGUUGUAGCUGUAUGUUUGUCUCUCAGUAUUGCUAACAUUAUUGGCUUUACUAAGUGCCGUAAAGAUGCCAAAAAGCAACUCCAACAAUUUGCCACUCAGACAUUAGCAUCUCGAGUUUCAUCCACCAUACAGUCGGCCUUCAGCGUAGUGUGACUGAAGUUGGAAAGAAUCUACAUGUUAUUUAUGCAUACAUGUCAAAAAUGUAGAAGGUAUUCAUAGCUGAAAUACUUGGAGAAUAUCUUGGGGCCAGCAGUUGAUCAACUUGGUCUUGAAUGAGUUCAUUUUUGGUGUCUAUUUUCUUUGUAAAGAUGGGGGAUCAAACUUCAUGAAUUCUGAAUGUUUUUGUUUGAACAACUAAAUGAUUUUGUAAAGAGUUCGUGAAUUUUCUCCA